AUGGCCACUACCAAGCCCUGGGUGAUCAUUGUCGGUGCAGGAUCAUCCGGUCUGCUACUCGCAUUGAUGCUAGGCAAACAAGGCGUGCCGGUGCUGGUGUUGGAGCUAGGUGAGACCAUUGACAGCCGGCCUCGAGCGACUCAUUAUGCCUCGCCGGCGGUGCGGGAACUCCGGCGUGCGUGUGUGGCGGAUGAUGCUCUUCGCAGGGGGUUCGUGCCAGAUGGCGUCUGCUGGAGGAAGCUGGACGGCACCGUGCUGGCUGGCCUGAGCAACGAUGUCUUUCCUAAGGACGACCCAGACCUGAUGAUAUGCCUGCCCCUGGACAAGCUUGGUGAGCUCCUAUUGGAGCACAACGACGCGGUACCAUGGCACCCCACCCCAGAAUCCAAAGCGUACGAGAUUCUCAACAUCAGCCCAAACCGGGUUCACCAGCGACUGGCCGAGCGGAUGCGGGUCGGCCGAAUCUUGGUGGCCGCGGACGCUGCCCAUCUGUGCAAUCCAUUCGGAGGCAUGGGUCUGACCGGAGGCAUCGCGGAUAUUGGCAGUCUGUAUGAUUGCCUAAUUGGCAUCUACCAUGGCAAGGCCGACGACAGCAUCUUGGACAAGUACGAUGAAGCCAGACGCCGCAUAUACAACCAGGUCACCCAUCCGGUGUCCAGUGCCAACAUCGUCCGGCUCUUCGGCCAGGACCCGGACACGGCGGUGGAGACAGACGAAUUCUUGAAGAUAUGCAAGAAGGCAGAAGAGGACCCCGAAUUCUCCUGA